AUGACGAACGCUAUCUAUCUCGAAGUUAAUACUUCAAAGGAGGACUACCAAUCCUCUAAAAUAAUGAAACUCCCCUUAGAGUCACUUAUAAUUUACUGCAUAUACGUGCAUUGUAACCCUGAAGACAUGAUUUUAAAUUUCGUGUACACAAGUACAAAGUUGAGUCAAGAAAGUGUGGCGUUGCAAGAUGAGAACUUAAUUGUUAUAAAUGAAAAAGAUGUGCCGUGGCAAAUAAUGUGCACAUACCCCGUGGUAAUGUUCAACGAUACCAUUUUAGCUGGCCUAUGUGCAGUGGCAAGACACAUUUGCAAGUUUAUAACACGCCCGCAUAGUCUAUACGAACAUGAAGAAGGCUUGCUUGGCUUCCGCAAGAGUUGUCUUCAAGCACCUAAUGAAGCAUCAAUAUGGACAAAGUUUUGUGAAGUCGACAUCAUUAGAACAGUAAAAGAAAUGUUCAGCACUGCAUCCUUGGAUAAAGUACCCAAAAAUUUGGUUAGAUUUGAAAAUCAUUUACGCAAACCAGUUAGAAUGCAUAACGUCUACAAAAUAGCUCGAGAAAUUAAUAAAGGAGUUCUGAAAGUCAGUGAGGCAGAUGCAGAGAAGACACCAGUAAAAGAGGAAGAUAAAAAUGAUAAAAACAGGGUACCUAAAAGUAGAAAAUGGAAAUCAAACACAAAGAAGGACAUAGAUAUAGAUUGUACUACUAAAAUCAAAGAUCUUAACAUUAGCCACCAAUAUGCUGAAGGACCAUUCGUAACUUUGGCUGACUUAGUUCUAUUCCCAUCAUAUCACAUAAUAGUACAAUUUUUUGGAGGAAGUUUUGAAUCUUUAUUUCCUUAUAGUUAUAAGUGGUACAAAAAUCUGUUGAACACAUUAGAACUGAAAUCUUUGGUGGACAAAAUCAGUAAAUUAGAAAUAAAGAACACAAUAAUGGAAUGUAAUGCCAUACCAGAGACAGAAGAUGUCAGUUUAUAUAAAUGUGAUCCCAAAAGACACAAUCCAAAAAAGAGAUUAUUUACCAAAGAGGAUGAUAUAAUAAAAGCUCUGAGUUUACUACAAAAUGACAUGGAGCUAAAUGUAGAUGAUAAUAAACUUGACUGUAACAUUAAUUGGGCGGAUGUUCCUGAUGGAGCCAAUCCAACGGCAGGUCACCUUCCUGAUGAAAGAGUACUCAGAAAGUCACAGCAACUAGAAAACUUAGCUCUGGCAGUUUUAAGUGUAGCCCAAGAUGGAGAUAUCAUUGUGGAUUUUUGCAGUGGCAGUGGACAUCUAGGCAUUUUAGUUGCACAUUUAUUACCAAAUUGUACUAUAAUUCUGUUAGAGAACAAGGAACAAUCUUUACUUAGAGCAAGGAAGAGAGUACACGAAAUGGGUAUGAAGAAUGUCUUGUUUUUUCAAUGUAACUUAGAUUUUUUUGUAGGCAAUUUUGAUAUUGGUAUAGCAUUACACGCUUGUGGUAUUGCCAGUGACUUAGUUUUGGACAAAUGUCUACAUGCAAAAGCAAAGUUUGUUCUUUGUCCUUGUUGUUAUGGAUCUCUACACGCUACAGACAGGUUAGCUUAUCCUCGUAGUUACAAAUUCAGCAAUUUACCCAUCAACCAAUAUUUGUGUAUUGGACAUGCAGCAGACCAAACUCAUAAUGAUCAUCCAUUGACAGUCAGAGGAGCCAAAUGCAUGGCCAUCAUAGAUUCAGACCGAGGUCAUUUGGCCCAGGAAUUUGGUUAUACAGUCACAUUGACAAGACUAAAACCACUGAGUUGUACACCUAAAAAUAACUUACUUAUAGGUGUGCCAUCAUAAAAACAAUAUAUUUUAACAAACAAAUCUUAUUUAUAAAAUUUAUUACAAAACAUAAAUAUAUGAUUUUGUACUUGAAAA